AACUGCACUUCCUAUUUCCCCAGUGUUACUGCAGUCCACUGACUAAACCAGAAAUUGAGAGGAUGAGAAACGAAAGGAACACGCUUGACGCACGGUUUAUAAAUGAAUACGAGCAGUAAAUGACACAAAUUCUCAACUUCGGAUCCAGUUGAGCGCGCGCAAUGGGAGCGUCGCGCGUGCGGGCGUCAGUUUGAUAAAACAACGACUUCUCAAAGUUUUAUAUGUUGGUGGAUGAAGAAGAAUCAAGAUGAAGAAGCAGUUCAACCGCAUGAAACAGCUCGCCAACCAGACUGUUGGGAGAGCAGAGAAGACAGAAGUACUGAGUGACGACCUUCUUAUGAUUGAGCGGCGCCUGGAAAAUAUGCGAUUGGUCUCCCAUAAUGCACACAAGAAGAUGUCCAUGUGUCUGCAGGGUAACGUGGGCACAGAUGCGGAGAAGAGACAUAAAAAGCUUCCUCUCACGGCCCUUUCACAAUCCAUGCUGGAUGGAGGAAAUCAGCUCGGAGACGAGUCUUUUAUCGGGAAGAUGAUGGAAGUCUGUGGAGAAGCUGAAAACAAACUGGCCUUUGAGCAGAGCCAACAUGAAGUUCAGCUGGAGAGAGAUGUUCUAGACCCUCUCAACCAGCUAGCAGAGGUGGAUAUUCCUAACAUCCUGAAGCAGAGGAAACAUUUAGCCAAGCUUGUGUUGGAUUUUGAUUCUGCGAAAGCCAGGUAUCACCAGGCCACAAAGGCAUUUCCAUCAUCUGCAAAUGCUCAAGCAAUGGCUGCCAAACUUGACACACUUAAGGAGGAGAUGGAUGAAGCUCAGAACAAAAUGGAAAUAGGCAAGGAUCAACUAGCAGCUGAAAUGUACAACUUUUCCUCCAAGGAAGGAGAAUAUGCACGCUAUUAUGUGUUGUUGUUAGAAGCUCAAGCUGAAUACCACAGAAGAGCCUUGGCGUCCAUCGAGAGCGUCCUGCCCACCAUACAGUCACAGCAAGAUAAAUGGACAGAGAAGCCAGCGUUUGGCACAGCUCUGGAGGAACAUCUGAAGCGCACUAGCAGAGAGAUCGCUCUGCCCAUAGAGGCCUGCGUCAUGAUGCUGCUGGAGACCGGCAUGCAGGAAGAGGGUUUGUUCCGUAUCGCUGCUGGAGCCUCUAAACUGAAGAAGUUAAAGGCGGCACUGGACUGUUCCACUUCCCAACUGGAGGAGUUUUACUCUGACCCUCACGCUGUUGCUGGAGCCCUCAAAUCUUACCUGAGGGAGCUGCCUGAACCUCUGAUGUCCUACCAGCUGUAUGAAGAGUGGAUUCAAGCCUCAAAUAUUUCUGACUCUGAUAAGAGGCUUCAGGCGCUGUGGGUGGUGUGUGACAUGCUACCAAAGCCCAACAAAAACAAUUUUAGGUACCUGGUGAAGUUUCUUGCCAAGCUUGCUCUGGAAAGCGACGUCAACAAGAUGACUGCAAGCAACAUCUCCAUCGUACUGGGCCCCAAUUUGUUGUGGGCCAAAACAGAGGGAAGCCUCGCUGAAAUGGCAGCCACUACUUCCGUCCAUGUCGUGUCAAUAAUAGAACUGAUGAUCAACCAUUCAAGCUGGUUCUUUCCAGAAGAUGUGGACUUCAACGUUUCAGGCAUGUUUUCCAUGCCUGGGUGCCCGGGUACCCCUGACUCCGAAGCCGGAUCCAUAGACAGGAGGCGCCCAGGCAGCCAGGGCUCGUUCGAUUCUGACCCUCCCCGCAAAGACAGCCCUGCUAACAAACAGCCGGAAAUCACCCCUCGUAGAGCUGGCACAAUAAAUAAAAAGCAGCACUCCACGCCUAACUUCCAGCCCCCUCUCCCUCCCAUUGACGCCGGGGGGGUUCCCGUGUUUGAGCCCUCCCCUCAGUCGCCCGGUGGCGGGGGUCUGGAGGCUGGGCAGGCGGGAGCUGUGGUGUCUCAGGUGCAGCAGCCUUUAGUUCAGCAGAACCCUGCUGCGGAGAACAGUAACAUGACCCGAGAACCUGCGACCACACCUCCGGCCAUGAGGAACGGACCGGGAGGUUUGAGUGGGACACCCGCUCAGCUGAAUGUGGGGACCCCUACCUCAGGUCCCAAGGGCCCCAGUCCGUUCAUGGUGCGCAGAGGUACAAAGAAACAAGCACCUGCACCUCCCAAACAGACCACGUCUGCCACAUCUCAGAGCGUAAAGACGGCUCCUAACCAGCCCACACCAGGCCAGCCCUCUGCCCCGAGCAUCCCUCAGCCUCUCACCGCACCCCGUCGCAACAACCAGACCCCCAUCCAGGCCCCCAGUCACCCUCCUCCUCAACCUCCUCCCCAGCCUUCUCCCCAGAGCACAGAAGAGCCAGACCCGUCCCCUCCCAGAACCCCCACCCCACCCGGUACACCGCCCCACGACAGCUCCCAGACCCCCCUCACUACCUACCCCUCCGGCUCCCUGCCGCGCCCCAGACCCACCCCUCGCACGCGACCCAAACCCAGCGGCCCGCCACCACCCCAACCAACGAGCGGUGCCAAUGGUGUCUGUGUUUCUGGAUCCAAGAUCAUCUCGGAUGGAGAUGGAGAGGAGAGAUCUUUUAUGGGACCAGGGCUGGAUCUUGUCCCGGAGCUUGAGGAUGAAUCCUUGGAAACACUCUCAGAGGAUGAACACCAAUCAGAAAACACCACCCUGUGAGGUGGGCGGAGUCAAGUCUUCACACAGCCAAUCGAAAGCUAUGUUCGUAAUGGAAUACUAGCAUACUGUAACUGCACCGUACAUUCCUACCGUUUUUAAGGAUGUGAACGUAUCCAACAUGAGACAAACAUUGUCACACGACCUCUUUAUAUACCGGUUACCUCAUGAAUAAAUAGUUAAGCAUUCUUCAAGUAAAACAUGUCUCAACUUUUGGAAGCGUGAUCAAAUAACGAGUCAUAACAGUUGUAGUUCAAACGACACUGGAAAUGGAAGGUCAAGUUGAUGCAUUGCAUUAUGGGAUACGGCACCCAGCACAGUGUGCAAAUAUAGUAGGUCAUCUGGGUAUAUUCUAAGCAUACAGAAAGUAUACAUACA